UGGCGCUGCAGUCCCGGUGAGAUGCGGAUGACCUGCAGAAGCAGAAAUCUGCUCUCAUCCCUGGAGUCUACACUACUGCGCGAUGGCCCCGACAGUGGAUGCAAACUGUUAAAUCUAACUUAAUUUACUAAACUACCUCACAUACCGUAUGACCUGGGUCUCUAGCAGCUGGAAGAAACACUACAAGAGGUCGCCGCCGCGCUACGACGACUCGCCUGCUCCCAUCAACGGUCACCCGGACAUCAGGAGGAAGGUAAGCUACCAGGCUGUAUGGCUGAACCGGAGCUUCUGCUGGACUCCAACAUCCGACUUUGGGUGGUGUUACCCAUCGUCUUCAUCACCUUCCUUGUCGGGGUGAUUCGCCAUUAUGUGUCCAUUCUUCUUCAGAGUGACAAGAAGUUGACGUUAGAACAGGUCUCUGACAGCCAGGUUCUCAUUCGGAGCAGAAUCCUUAGAGAAAAUGGAAAAUACAUUCCCAAACAGUCCUUUUUGAUGAGGAAGUUCUACUUCAAUAAUCAAGAAGAUGGAUUUUUCAAGAAGACCAAAAGAAAGGUUGUUCCGCCCUCUCCAAUGACAGAUCCCAGCAUGCUGACAGACAUGAUGAAAGGAAAUGUCACCAAUGUGCUUCCCAUGAUCCUCAUUGGAGGCUGGAUCAACUGGACAUUUUCAGGAUUUGUAACAACUAAGGUUCCCUUCCCUCUCACUCUGCGCUUCAAACCCAUGCUGCAGCAAGGAAUAGAGCUGCUCUCACUGGAUGCCUCCUGGGUGAGCUCUGCCUCGUGGUACUUCCUGAAUGUGUUUGGACUAAGAAGCAUGUACUCAUUAAUUCUAGGCCAAGACAAUGGUGCAGACCAGUCCAGGAUCAUGCAGGAGCAGAUGAGUGGUGCCGCCAUGGCCAUGCCUGCAGAUACAAAUAAAGCUUUCAAGGCUGAGUGGGAGGCACUGGAGCUGACCGAUCAUCAGUGGGCGCUGGAGAGCGUAGAGGAGGAUCUGAUGAGCAGAGAGCUGGACUUUGAUGGCAUGUUUAGCAAGGAGCUGCCAAGUGGCAUCUUCUGACGGCCUGGUCACUUUUACUCGGAGCCUUCAAAUCUGAAUUUUGAUCAUUGCAGGGAUUUGUUUUUCGGUUAAAGCCACAGAGAUGGGACAAAUCCCUUCAUGUUAUGCAAAAGUUUACAUUCACUUAUUUGUGGUCCUUGUCUGUUCACGUGUAUUUACCUUUCCAUUCCUGUCCAUAAAAUAUCUGAAAUAACUUAAAAUACACUGGUUCUGCUGCUGUAACAUACAUAUUAGAAAUCACUGCUAUAUUUCACCUUUUGAGGGAAGGAGACGUUUGGGAGAAAGAAAGUGGCUUUUUGCUUAUUGGAAUGCAUUAUUAGCUUGCAACUGUAUGUAUGCCAUAAUAAUACCAUUAGGUAUUAGAAUGUGAACUACCUAGCGCUUCUUUUUUCUUAUGUCAUGCAUAACUCAAUAUCCAUGUAUCACCACGGUUAAACAAUAGGACACAAUACCAUUUUACAGGUCUGAAUGAUGUUUAUUUAACUAUACUUUAACAAUCUUUAAUGACUCCUGUGUUAGAGCAUAGAUAGAUCGGCUGUUCUGUGUCAGCUGCUCAAAGUUGGAAGUGCAUAGACCCAAGACUGAUUAGGUGUUGGCAGAGAAUGUUUGUGUGAUUGUGUUUUGAGGUAUUUAGAUGGAUUAUUUUGUAAUGUAACUCCCUGUGUUUUGUACAGCAUAAAGCCUGUUUUGACAAAAUAA